AUGCGUACUGCCGGUCCUGCAACUCCCGAGGUUGGUCCUGGUUUGGCAAUGGGAUCUCAUGGCAAACGUCGUCGGCGAAUCAAAAAGAAGAGCUUUGUACGAGGCUUGGAUCAAGGCAGCCAAAACAAAAACAACAACCACAGCGACAAUGACGAUGAUAUCUUUGACUUUAUGGACGAUGGUCCACCCGUAGCAAAGACGAAGGUCAACGUGGUCAGCACUGUGAAAAAGGCCGAGAAGAAAGACGCUGUCAAAGCCAACAAACGAGCAGAACUUCUUGCCAUUCUAGAAGAUAGCAGCGACGACGAAGACAUUGAAGAGCCAAGCGGGAUUCGUCGUCCCAUUCUGCAGAAGGCAUCCGUGCUGAAACCCCAACGAGCUCCAACCCAACCUCAAUCAAACAAGCAACGACCCAACUCAGCUUCAAAGGGCAGAGGUGUGGAACGGCGCCUCUCUUUCUCGGCAGACACCAAGGGCCCUGCCGAAUCGAAAAGAAAGCUGCAGAACGAAAACAAUACUCCAGCAUUGGCAUGUACUACAGAUACUUCUUCUGCCAAGCGACCCCUGAUUCCUGCCCUCCAACGGCCAGCACUCAAAAAGUCCAUUGCUGCCAAAGGUGAAGCUCGAAAGGCAGCCAGAAAGGGAUUCACGCAAACCAGCAAGCGCACACCACGGCAGCAGGGCAAUAAAAGCAGCAGCAGCAACAACAACACCAAGACGACAUCCACCACGAAACAACCGGGCAACACUGCUGCUGCUUCUGGGAGUGGAAAGAGCAAUGCUGUUUCUUCUUCUACUGGGAGUGGAAAGAGCAAUGUUGCUGCUACUUCUACUGGGAGUGGAAAGAGCAAUGCUGCUGCAACUGGGAGUGGAAAGAGCAACAGUGCUGUAUCCCAGCCCACCAAGAGUCUGGUACGGCCAAGGACAAACCGCUUUGUCAUUGCCUUUGACUCACGAUUCCUUGAUACACUCGAAGGACGACAAACUGCUAUGGAACUCAUUGAAGAAAACCACAACUUCUUGGACUCGCUGGCAUCCAAAGGUGCUUCUCCAUACCUUCUGGCGUCCAGCGACCCUACAGCCACUGCCGCACAGAUCCUGGAACAAGAUGACUGCAUCGAGCCGGCUUGGAUCACACCAUCCAACAAGAACAAUGUCCGUGUACCCAAACAGCUGUUGGCAAGCAACUCCUGGGAGCAUUUCGGGCAGAUUGUCGAUGCAAUCAUCGAACAAGACUCCAAGGCGGCUACAGCGUCCGGGGCAUCAAUGAAGAAUCGUCAGGCACUUUUGGAUGUGAUGAUUGUCACCAAUGAUGUAUCCCUUUUCUGUGAUGUAAGCGAGGGAGGGCAUAAAAGAGCACUCUCCCGCUUUUGCGACAGAGCUGAGAUCUUCUUUCGAGAAGGAGCCAUCCGAACCAUUCGUAUUGUCGUGGCCAAUACUGGGAGAAUUGCCAUUGCUCUGCCAAAGGAAAAAAUAGGGAGUUCCCCGAAGUCAGAGGCGGAACAGAACGCCAUCAGCUUUGAUGUUGAUGAUGUUGACGAUGUUGACGGAGACGACGAUCAAGACAAUGAUGAACUCGGAUCGCAGCAGCAAGAACCACAACAACUCACUGACUUGGAACAAAGAGCUGCUGAAUAUCAAGCACGACGAACGCACGAACUGUCAAUGGCAGGCUGCAUUCGCGCCAUGGAAUCCUUACUGAACAAACGAUCUGAAAUAGAUUACGAGAAACUGAAGGUCGGCAGCAACAACAAAAAGCCAGUUCUACCGGUGGAUAUAGCUGUGUCGACGAUUGACGCAACGACCAGUACACGUCUAGCCUUCAAGACGCUGCAGCGUAGUUGCCUUCGCGACAUUGUGGACUCAACUAUGGCAAUCACCUUAUCCAACUCCGCAUCCUCAGCGCCCAAGACUCGAAUUCAUCUGGCGUUACCCGAAACGAUAGAUGGGAUGCAAUCUUCAGUUGCCUUGGAAGUGACACACAAGCUGAUCCCAUUUCCGCUAGACCGACCCUCAGUGACGGGCGGAUUCUUUCAUGAUUUGCAGGAGCUGUGCUCGUCCGAGCUCAGCCUUGUUCAGUUGAUCCCACUUGCUUUGGUUGAUGCAUCCUUACUCUUUGGGGUUCCAAUGCAUGUGCGAGCUGGCACGGAAGAUGAUAUUGAUCGCUACCACGAAGUCUGUGAAUUGGUCAAGAAUCUCUUCUCCUACAUGCAAAAGCGCCAAGUUGCAAUGUUGUUGCGAAGUUCGGGUCCGCCAGAGAGCAAUGCUCCAGGAAUUUUCCACAAUCCACAACGAGGGCAACUGUUUCUGCUGGCUGCAGAAGAACCGGUGGGAUCGAAUGCUAAACCCUCCACUGGCAGUCUCUUUCGCUAUGCCUCUGCUGACGAGCUCUUGUUGGAGACACAAAAGCCUCUUGAUACUUCUUUGGUUCUACCCGAUGAAGUGCGAGCGCAGUACGAAUCGUAUGUGGAAAAUGCACUAGACAUGUUGGACUGCUGUGCCGUGAAUCCAUUGUACUUGGAGGCUUCUCGGAGCCCACCAUUGCGCAAAAAGCGCCGUGUCUCCAUCGAAGAGCCUCCUGCUGAAAAGACAACUCUUUCAGUGGCUGAAGCUGACAAGAUUUGGAAUGACUCCACUGGUGUUGGCGCGCUCAAGAGUCCUUCCGAUGAUGAUGAUGAGAAAAAAAACGCUGCAAAUGUGUCUCCAGCUUCCACUUGA